AUGAGUGGCAAUGACCUCCCAGUGCUGGGACCCGACCUGCUGACACUGAGCAGCCCGCGCAUGCAGCUGGCCAGGAACAACCAGCUGGGCGGCCCAGGAUCGCUGCCCAAGGGUCUGCUUGGCCUAGUCACUGCUCUGCUGCAGCCUCCAGGUGCUCAGCCUCAGGGGCAACUAUUUCCAGGAGCUGCCCGCCUCCCUGAUGGAGCUUCCAGAGUCUAUGGGGGUCAGAAGAGGCUGUACGUGCAGGCCUGGCUCUGCUGGAAGUGGGCCCGGAUGCUGAGGCCCACCGUUCAGUUCUUCUUGGUGGCUUUUGCCAUUUAUGUGGGCUAUACCCGAGUGUCUGACCACAAGCACCACUGGAGUGAUGUCCUCGUCGGCCUCCUGCAGGGAGCCCUGGUGGCCUGCCUCACAGUCCACUAUGUUUCAGAUUUCUUCAAAUCCCGGCCGCCCCAGCCCUGCCAGGAGGGUGAAGAGCCAGAGCGCAAGCCCAGUCUGUCGCUGACGCUGACCCUUGGUGACCGACCCUAGCUGCUAUGGAAGCUGGACAGUCACCCGUGGGCCAGUCAUGUGUUGGCCCCAUGCCCCUGAUCAGGCACUCCUGGCUUUGGAGCUGUCCCGGGGUCCUGGCUGGUGACUGUGGACCAGGGUCUUGGGUGCCUGUCUGGCCCUGAGUGUGGGCAGGGCCCAUCGUCAGCAUUCCUUGACUAUCGCAUGGCCUCAAAAGAUGCGGUCCUGCUCGGAGGGCUUCUCUGGUCCCCAAUGGGUUUUCGAGGAGGGCCAUCCCAGCAUGGCCCCGGGAAUGGUUGGCCCGAGACUGUUCACGAAGUCA